GAGCAGAGGGGCUGGCUUUCCUGGGGAGCGUCGCCAGCCGGCCACUCAACCACACACACACAAGCGCGCGCGCGCACACACACAGACACACACACACACACACAAACACGCGAGCGCGCACCCACCCGACCUCUGGAGCUGGCGAAGGCAGGCGAGGGCUGGUGGCUGGCCGGCCGACCGGCUGGCAGAGAAAGAGGAAAUUCCUUGGCGUGAGGGUUUUGAAGAUGUGAUUCUGGUUGAAAAGAACGAGAAGUGUUGCUUUAAAACCAAAGACAACUUUCUUUAUCUGCCGAAAUAAGUAAUUCUUGGCUUGCUUUAUAUAAUGGCGAAACCAUAUGAAUUUAACUGGCAAAAGGCUGUCCCAUCUUUCCUACAAGAGGGAGCUGUUUUUGACCGAUAUGAAGAGGAAUCUUCUGUCUUUGAACCAAGCUGUCUCUUUAAAGUGGAUGAAUUUGGCUUUUUUCUAACAUGGAAGAGUGAAGGAAAGGAAGGCCAAGUUUUAGAAUGCUCCUUAAUCAACAGUAUCCGUUUUGGCACAGCACCAAAGGAUCCAAAAAUCUUAAGUGCUCUUGAAGCUGUUGGCAAAGCAGAAAAUGAACUGGAAGGACGUAUAGUAUGUGUCUGUAGUGGUACAGAUUUAGUGAAUCUCAACUUCACUUACAUGGUAGCAGAAAAUACCGAAGAAGCUAAGCUAUGGAUUGAAGGACUUAAAUCCAUCAUAGGUAACUUCAGAGCAAACAACGUUUGUCCCAUGACAUGCCUCAAGAAACACUGGAUGAAACUGGCAUUUCUUACUAACACUAAUGGCAAGAUUCCAGUCAGAAGUAUCACCAGAACUUUUGCAUCAGGCAAAACGGAAAAGGUGAUAUUUCAGGCGCUUAAGGAGUUGGGUCUUCCAAGUGGAAAGAAUGAUGAAAUAGAGCCGUCAGCUUUUACUUAUGAAAAAUUUUAUGAACUUACCCAAAAGAUAUGUCCUCGUACUGACAUAGAGGAUCUUUUUAGGAAAAUCAAUGGAGACAAAACUGAUUAUUUAACGGUAGACCAAUUAGUGAGCUUUCUAAAUGAACAUCAGCGAGAUCCCCGGCUGAAUGAAAUUUUAUUUCCAUUCUAUGAUACUAAAAGAGCAAUGCAGAUAAUUGAGACCUAUGAGCCAGAUGAAGACUUGAAAAGCAAAGGUCUCAUGUCAAGUGAUGGGUUUUGCCGGUACUUGAUGUCAGAUGAGAAUGCACCUGUCUUCCUAGACCGCUUAGAACUAUACCAAGAAAUGGAACAUCCUUUGGCUCACUACUUCAUUAGCUCCUCCCAUAACACAUAUCUCACAGGAAGACAGUUUGGUGGGAAGUCAUCUGUGGAGAUGUAUAGACAAGUCCUUUUAGCUGGAUGCAGAUGUGUUGAACUUGAUUGUUGGGAUGGCAAAGGCGAAGACCAAGAACCAAUAAUAACACAUGGGAAAGCAAUGUGUACAGACAUACUUUUCAAAGACGUGAUUCAAGCCAUUAAGGAAACAGCAUUUGUGACAUCUGAAUAUCCUGUCAUCUUGUCGUUUGAAAAUCACUGCAGCAAAUACCAACAAUACAAAAUGUCAAAAUACUGUGAAGAUAUUUUUGGAGAUCUUCUAUUGAAGCAGCCACUAGAAACACAUCCACUUGAACCAGGAAGACCUUUGCCUUCCCCAAAUGACCUUAAGAAAAAGAUCCUUAUUAAAAACAAGAGGUUGAAACCUGAAGUGGAGAAAAAACAGCUUGAAGCUUUGAAGAGUAUGAUGGAAGCUGGUGAAACUGCUGCUCCUGUCAGUAUCUUGGAAGAUGAUAAUGAAGAAGAGAUAGAAAGUGCUGACCAAGAAGAAGAAGCCCAUCCAGAGUACAAAUUUGGAAGUGAUCUCUCUGCAGAUGACCUGAGCCAAAAAGAAUCUGUAGCCAACAAUGUGAAAAAGGCCGUGGACGAUUCUGAACAAGAAAACAAUAAAAAGGGUGUAAUAACUGCAGAAGAUGAGCAAGCAUGGAUGGCAUCUUACAAAUAUGUAGGUGCCACGACUAAUAUACAUCCAUACUUAUCAGCACUGAUCAACUAUGCUCAGCCUGUUAAGUUUCAAGGUUUCCAUGUAGCAGAAGAACGGAACACUCACUACAACAUGUCCUCUUUUAAUGAAUCUGUCGGGCUAGGUUAUUUGAAAACACAUGCAAUUGAGUUUGUGAACUAUAAUAAACGUCAAAUGAGUCGGAUAUACCCAAAGGGAGGCAGAGUGGAUUCCAGCAAUUACAUGCCUCAAAUUUUCUGGAACGCUGGAUGCCAGAUGGUCUCACUCAACUAUCAGACCCCAGAUCUAGCGAUGCAGCUGAACCAGGGAAAAUUUGAAUAUAAUGGGUCAUGCGGGUAA